UAUGUGUGUGCGUUGUCUUGGCACAGCUCAGCUUGAUAUAUCAGCCUGGCUAUCAUACCUGGUUCAUGUGUGCGCACAUAUGAAGAGGAAGCUGGCUGCUCCUCAUACAGUCAUCACUACUUGUUGUAUUAAGCAGCUUAGAAAUUAGCCUAUCGUUUUCUCAUGUCUUGCUCCUGUAUCAUAGGAUGAUUGUAUACUACUCAAAACAUCCAAUUUUGCAAAGUCCUGGGUUGCAGCGUAUGAUCUGCAUGAUUGUAAUGUGAACAUACAUGUCCUACAGUGGAAGCCUCUUCAAGCUGAAACCAUGAUUUACCAUGAAGACAACUUCAGAAGAUCACCCUUGGGUUCAUGUUGAUGAGUUUUUGGGAGUUGACACAUGCUAUGUGUAGAAUGACUUCCGACGGUGAUGAUAUAGCAAAUGAUAGUGGUACGGACCUUGCUGCGAUACCUUGAUGUAAACGUCUUCUGCAGAAGAACUUUUAAUUUUAAAAUGUGCAAUAUGAUCAAAGUAAAGGUUUGUCCAGUUGCUGCUCGUCGUUUGCAGAGGUUGGUGUAAGUUUUAUUGAUGACACAGAAACUGAGCGUUAGACACAUGGUCAACAUGCUGCACUUGCCCUCCAUCCGUAGUUCUCGGGAAUCCCCGGGCACACCCAACGGAAUGGAGCCAAAUGUUGUCGACGUCCAUACCUACAUGCGAGGUAAUCUGGUGAUCCCGUGGCGCGAAGGGCUGACUGUGGAGCACAUCUGCACCAAGGCUGCAAAGGAAUGUGGCAUUUUGCGGCUGACGAGCAAUCUCUUUGCCCUUUACGAUAAGACCAAAAAGGUAUGGCUGUGCCCAACGGCUCGUAUCCUCUCCAAGAGGCAGAACCCGUCCCAGGAGCUUGAGUACCGCGUGCGGUUCCACACGGCCACCAUGUGCCCUUCGGGCGAUUCGCAGAGGUUCAUGCUCCUGGAAGAGAAUGUUGUGAACUACAUGUUUCACCAGUACAGAGAGAGUUUCCUCAACGAUGAGGUUCUGGGACUGAGUACUGAGGAAUCGCUUGGCCUCAUGGUGUUGGACUUCAUGCAGCAUGUCAAAGAGGAUGGCAACACUUUGACCAAUCUGAAUGGAAGAAUGCGCUUUGGACGCUUCUUGCCCAAGUCCCUCAGUGAGGGACUCUCAUGGUGGGACAAAGUAAAGCUGCGAAGAAAAGUACGGACUGCUCUCAAAGACUUCCGCGACGACCCGAGAGAGGCAUUUGCUUUCCGGGUGAUGUUUCUUGUGUCACUGAGCGAGGAGAUGAAAUCAAAGUGGGGGAUCGAACAAUUCACAAUGGUAAAUGGAGACAUCUAUGAAGUCAGUGGUAUCAAAGGAGUCACGAAGAAGAAGUUAGCAUAUGGGAAUGAAGAUGUUGUGGAAUCCUUUGCAUUUGAUGACAUCAUUGAUGUCAUCGUCUACCCUCCUACCAUAGAGAGAGUGCAUACAAUGUUACAGAUCAAUCGCAGAUCAACACCGCCUAUGUUUCUUGAGAUGGAAUCGCUCGGUGAUGCCCAGUCAUUUGCUUGCCUUCUGGAUGGCUACUACCGUCUUCUUGUAGAUUAUUAUCAUUACCUCAGUGAAUCCAUUGCGCCGCCCUCUAUAGUCAGACUGACCACCAACAAAUGCCAUGGACCAAUCCCGCUUUCCAAAGCAAAGCAAAAGAUUGAUGACAUGUUUGGACGACAGGAAGGGGUGUACCUCAUCCGUCAGAACCCAGUGGAUCACUACAGCUACUGCUUGACCGUCAGGAUACAUACCAAUCAAGAGCUUAAGAACUUCAAGAUAAAUCAUUAUGAAGAAGAUGACAAAGUAGGACUCGACAACCAGGGUCGAUUUGACAGUCUAAAACAGUUUGUUGAGCAUUACAGGAAGAGGGAGAAUAGUUGGUGUUUAGAGGGUCAACUUAGAAAAGGCGUACCAAUAGAACCUAAAGAUAAAGCCUUGCGUAUCUUCGACCGCUCGGCAUUGAAGGAAGAUCUGCCGCCUCAACCGGACGUUGGACCGAUGAUCAGAUGGAUCCCGGAGGAUAGUCUGUCCAAGGAUCUGAUCCUCCUCGGGGAAGGUACCUUCACGCAGGUUUGGAAAGCAGAUCUGAGGAAGAAGGUCGGGAACAAGACUCGUAUCACAACGGUUGCCAUUAAGUGUCCCAAGAUUGAUGCUCCUCAGAUCGUUCAACAGAAAUUCAGCCAAUCCGUCGACCAGAUGGCCUCAUGGGAACACAGCCAUAUAAUCCGUUUUGAGGGCAUCGGUGGCGGCUAUAAGCUGGUGAUGCAGUAUGCUUCGGAGGGUCCGUUAGAUAGUUACAUGCGCAGGAUGGCCGUGGGUGAAGGGAGAAGACUCGGUCUAACCAGCCAACUUACCGCAGCUUAUCAACUUAUGGAUGCACUGGAGUACUUGGAAACAAAACGAUACGCCCAUGGUAACGUGAGUGCACACAAUGUCCUGGUGUCCCGGUCUGCUCCAGAUAUCAUCAUCAAGUUAGCCGAUCCCAUGCUUGGAGCAUAUUAUCACAGCUUAGAUAUGACAAGUCACGCUAAAUUACGAAGGGCUCGUUGGACUGCCCCUGAGCUGUUAGUCACCAACUCUGAACCAACGUAUGCAGGUGAUAAAUUCAGCUAUGCUAUCACACUUUGGCAAAUAAUGUCACAUGGAGCCAUACCAGAGGAUACACUAAGUGAUGAUCAGGUAAAGUAUAAUUACCUUAAAGGAGUACGGUUAGAUCUGCCAAGAGACUGUCCAAAUGUCCUCAUGAGAAUCAUGGAAUCUUGCUGGUCUCACAGGCCUGACAAUAGACCACCAUGUAGAGGCGUUCUUAGGGACGUCCACAAUCUUCUGGAAUUAUCAAGAGAUAAACCAGAGUUCCGUGAUCACGGUGAAGUCGCCAUGAUCCCCACUGAGAGCGAUGACGAAGACGAUGACCGUAUCAAUUCUGAUAACAUGGACAAUGAGCAAAGAGAUACCAUCUCACCUCCAAACAGUUCAAGUGAUGGAGGAGCAGGAGCCGGAUCAGGAUCCGUGAUAGGGAGGUUAUCAGGAGCCACAAGUGGAGCUGCCAUCUUAGACGAGAUAGCAGAACAUCUGAAUGCUCAAGGUGAUGAAGAUAUCUUGGAUCCAGAGGGAGAGACAAGGUUUAUUGGAGUAAACAAGAUACAAAACGGAGAGCUCAAACGAGAAGGACAACUCGGAAAGGGUAACUUUGGUACGGUUUUCAAAGCGGUGUUGAAGCCCGCUGAGCAGUAUCUGCCUGCCGAGACGGUGGCCGUCAAGGUCUUGAUCAAGAGCGAGAGCAAACCAGAACAGUUCCACCAAGAAAUAAGGGCUCUGUCUUACUGCGACCACAAAAACAUUGUCAAGGUUAUCGGAUACUGUGAUGAUUCGUCUUCUGAUAAUUCUAAUUGUUUAUCUCUUGUGAUGGAAUACUUGCCGCUGGGAUCACUGGAGAAGUACAUCCAAGAGAGACAGGACAGAGUUAGUCAUAAGACGCUUUAUCUCUUUGGACAGCAAAUAUGCCAGGGCAUGAAAUACCUUCAUGAAGUUAGGAUGAUGGUGCACAGGGAUCUGGCGGCGAGGAACGUCUUAGUCGCUAGCGAGAAUGAGGUGAAGAUCACAGACUUUGGUCUUGCUCGUAUCUUCGGAACCGAGAAGGAUUACUAUCGGGCAAAGGAAGUCGGCCAGAAGGUCCCUGUCAAAUGGUAUGCUCCUGAAUGGCUGAAACAUAAUAAGUACCAGAAGGCGAGUGAUGUUUGGAGUUUUGGCAUAGUUCUUUGGGAGAUGUUCUCAUACGGUGGAAAGAUACACUAUCGAGACCACCGAGGUGUUGAAGUAGGCCAUGGCGACCUGCUGGACUUUUUGGAGAAAGGAAAUCGUCUACCGCCCCCGCCGUCCUGCCCCUCGGCGAUAGACACGAUGAUGCAGGAUUGCUGGAGAUUUGACCCGGCGGAAAGACCAAAGUUCCAGGCACUCAUCCCCAGGCUAGGGACUUUAGUCCAGCAAUCUGAACGGGGUGAAAUGGGAUCAUCCUCUUCCUCGUUUGGUUUAUAGCCGUUGAUGUUAGCUUAGGGUGCGUUCAGACACUGACCAAAAGUUCCAGGUGCUCAUUUCAAAGGGGAAGUUCACCGUGAUAAAAAGUUUUUUGUUAAAAUAGCAGAAAAAAAUAUAGUUUAAAAAUAUUGGU